AUGUUUAAGACUUCUUAUAACUUGUACGAUCUCAACUAUCCAACGAACAGUUCAUUGACGCCGAUUAGAGACUAUAAAAAUGACUAUUUUCAUAGACACGAUGACAAAUUACCUGAAAUAGUCAGAACCCCCAGUAGAAAGUUAUCCAAACGCGAAAACAAAGUCAAUGAUAAGAAAUUCACUAAUAAACGACCAGCAAGCCUUGACUUGCAUUCCAUAGUGGAAAGUUUGAGUAGCAAAAGAAUUUAUUCACCUAUCAAUACAGAGAUAUUUCAGAAUGUGGUCAGGUUGGAUUCAAGCCCUCGAGUUUCUAACUCUUCCUGUGGGGAAUGCAAGUUUUAUAAGGUUGUGCAGGAGCUGUACAUUUCUGAGAUUAAAUACUAUGAUAAUCUGCUGAUAGCCAAUAAUGUGUACAGAAAAGCGUUAAACGCUGACCCUAGAUUCAAGAACAAACUAAUCAAACCUGGUUCAAGUGACGAGCUAUUACUCUUUGGAAAUAUUGACACCAUUGCCUCAAUUAGCAAAAUACUUGUAUCGACAAUAAAAGAAUUGCUUCUGGUCAAACAACGUGGGAAGACCCUAGAUGCAAAUGAAUGGGAAAAAAUAAUCAAUGGCAAUGAGAUCCAACAACAGCUAUAUUCAACUUUUGAUAUUUCAGAGGCAUUCGAGCAACAUUUGUUGAGAAUUAAAUCAACUUAUAUGAGUUAUUUCGUCAGUCAUCAAAAACAGAUGGAGCUAUUCACUACAUUGAGAACGAACAAAAAUAAUGUCUUUAACAAGUGGUAUGAAUAUUGUUUAAAAGAAGGUGGCUGCUUAAAAUUAGAGGAUAUCUUACAGAGCCCAAUGUUGAGGUUAAAUGAAUGGAUUGAUACUUUGGAAACUUUAGAAAGUUGUUUCGAGGAUACAAUAUCUUUGAAAAUGGGUUCAAAACUGUGUCCAACAAAAAGAAAAUAUUCUUUGUUCGCCAAUAAGCUAGACACUGAGGUCUCUGAAUACGAGAGUAAUACCAUGUAUAAUUUCAGUUUAACUCCAUCAGAGAUCAUACAAAGUUAUGAUGAAGACCAGUUUACUCAUCUUUUAAAGCCUCCUGACAACCAAAACAGAAGAAAAAGUUACUAUUCUCCACAAGAAAAUGAUCCUGGUAAGCGCAGGGUUCCUUCUCUCCUCUCUGGUUCAUCAAGUUACUACUCGGAUGUUUCUGGACUAGAAAUUGAUAGCAAUAAUUCAAGUGCUCCAAUUGGAAGUGAUCUUUCAGAAGUGGAUGAAGUAACAGAUUUUUUUACUUUAGCGGACCAUAUUAGUAAAUUCAAAAAAGUUAUGAAAAAUUUGUUGGAAUUACAAAAGCACUUAUUGAAAAACAAUCUUUCAGGUAUUAUUGACUCCAGUUUGAGAAGAAUAAAUGCAUGGAAAAAAGUUAUUGAGUGCGAAGCACCUUCUGGUGCAUUUUUUGAACACGAUAACCUAAUAUCUACGAUGUGUUCAUCGUACAUAGACAAACUACAUGAACAGAAAAAUCAAGUGACUAUUUUGAAGCUGACAGAACUUGAAACCAAUGUGACUAUUCCACUUGCAAAAAUUAUAGCCCAUUGUAGCACCAUUAAAAGUAAACUAAAGGAUUUACAAGCUCUGAAGAAAGAUUACAUGCUAUUUUUGCAAGAAAAGAAGGCAAACGUUCGGGAUGUAAAGCGUGACUUGCUGGGGAUGCAUUUUCAAAACUUGCAAAACCAAAUGAAGAGAGAGUUACCGGUCUUUAUCACCUUGAUCCAUGAUACUGUUAAAUGUAUCUUACUGAAUUAUAACGAUAUUCUCCUAAAAUAUCUAGAAAUUAUUUCUGGUGGAAAAAAAUACCUGCAAAAGGAUCUCGAGAAUAUGUCUUCAAGCGAUCCUACAGGCCUAAUUAAGAAUCUUGAUAUCUUACAGUGCUACUCUAAAUCACGAUACAUGACAAAACGCAUGGUAAGAAAAGAUUGGCCUUUCCCUGGAGAUCCUAGUGGAAGCCGUGUUGUCAGAAAAUUAUUUGAACUAUAA